UGGAGAUACACAUACCCGGGGGACACCGAUAGAGAUAUAUGGCUGGACGUGGCGCCUCCGUACGCACAUAUCACGUCGCGCUCCAGUCAAGAAAAUUUAGGCGCCACCAGCAGUCAGUCACUGGCAGUCCACCGUGCGAUCCGGGUUGAUUUAUAUCUUCUGGCCUCCACUUCCGGUUGGGUAUAUCUCGUGCGUUCUUAUUGACUUGACGAAUAUCGCGGUGCAAAGUGCAAACUAAUGGUAUUUUACUGCUUGACCAUGUCAACCCUGCUGCUCUCCAUCCUCGGACUCUCCGCGGGCCUCCAGCACUGCCCCAUGUGGAAGCAGAUAGCCCCCUGCAGCUGCAGGUUGGACACGGCGAAGCUCACCUCCAUCAGCUGCGAGAAGAUGACGUCCUACGACCAGGUGGUGGGCACCCUGCGCGGGCACUUCUCCCCUUCGGACAAGGUGUCUCUCAGGCUGGCCUCCUCGUACCUGGAGGACCUCCAGUUCCGGAGUUUGAAGGAGCUCAAUGUCACGCUGGAAAAUCUCAAGUUAAACCACGACUCUUUUGGAUCUCUCAAUGCUGACGCAUUUGAUGGUUCCUCAUCUGUUUCGUAUCUCAGCUUGGCCGAUAAUACUUUGGAAGUUGUUCCGGAACAAUUGUGGAAAAAAAUGCCAAACAUCCAAACUCUAGAUUUAGGAAGGACUAAAAUCAAGUACAUUUCGGAGAGCAACUUUAAAGACUUGCCCGUUUUGAAUUGUCUGGUUUUACCGGGAAAUCAGAUCUCAAGAAUAGACACCAACUCGUUUUCGCCCCAGUUGCAAAGGUUACACCUAGGCCGAAACUAUAUAAGAGACUUGAACGAUUCUCUGCUGAAUCUCUCGGAACUAGGUUGGCUGUUCGUCAACACCAAUGACCUGACGACUUUAGAUAAUCAGUUGCCCAGGACUGCACCGAAUCUGAUUUUAAUUCACGCGUCUCAGAAUAGAAUUGACAAACUUCCCCAGCAACUGAAAUUGUAUCCUUUGUUGGAAUCCAUCUUCUUCCAAAACAACAGGCUUAAGUCACUGGACGGAAUUUUGGCCAGACUGAAGUAUCUCAGACGAGCCGUAUUGGAUCAUAAUCAAAUUAAUACGAUUACCGAAGAAGAUUUCAUAGAAUCGGAUCUGAUGGAGUCCCUUCUACUUGGCCAUAACGAAAUCACCUCUGUAAACAACUCGUUACUGAAUCUCCACAAUUUGAACUUCCUCAACCUGACCUACAACCUCUUGACGGAAUUCUCGUUCCAAGACGUCGUCGGUCUACAAGAGCUUCGCAGCAUAGAUCUCUCCUACAACCAGAUAACUACACUAAUAGGACCCGCUGCCUUAUUUCAGAACUUGGUGGAAUGGAACAUUAAGCUCACAGAGUUGAAGUUGGACAACAAUCGACUCGAAACGUUAAACGGAGCCUUGGCGGGGUUACCGGAAUUACUUAGAUUGAAUCUGAGCUUCAACAGGUUGAAAAAGAUAUCGCCCGAUGACUUGAUCGGUCUGGAUCAGUUAAGGCUUUUGGAUGUGUCACACAAUCACUUGACGACAUUGGAAGAAACCAGCAAGACAUUCCUUCCUCGAUUGUCAGAGUUGAAAGCCAGCCACAACUAUUUGACAAUCUUAGAAAGAGAUUUCCAUGGAUUACCUGUACUUUGCCAUGCUGAUCUAUCAAAUAAUCAAAUCGUCGCUCUUGGAAGGGAUCUGGUAGCAAAAACGCGCUGCAAAAUUGAGCAUGGUGUACAUGAAGGAACUUGGGAUACUCUAAAAAUAUAUCUUCAAGAUAAUCCCAUACUUUGUGAUGCGGCGCUGCCUGAAAUAAUGUCUGCUAUGGAGAUCAAUCAUACCAGAAUCUAUGGCGUUUCACACUGUCCUCCACUUAGUGAACAACCAGUUACUUCUAAACCCAAUGCAUUUUUGGGGUACAUACCAGAAUCCACACAGAUAGCCCUUUCUGCAGAUCCAGUGCAGACAUUGGUUCUGACACAAAAUGGUCAAAAUACUCCAAGCAAUCAACAUGGGACCAGCUUCUCUUAUCCUGAGAAAAUACGUGAACCAGUUGUGGAGUUAAGAACUAGCGAUCAGUACACAAUAGAGAACGAUCAGCCAACAAUUAACGUCCCAGUAAAAAUAGAAAAACCUGUAGGCUUAACCUUAGAGAAUACAAAUAAUGCCUUGCGAUUAACUAGUUCUGAAAGACAAGAAAGCAACGAUAAUCUGACUCAAAAUUUGCAAAGAAAGACGGGAUCCAAUGCGAACAAUUCAUCAACUAGGGCAAACGACCAAACCCAAAUUACCACGAAUACUCAAGUGUUCGAUCCAGUGCAACAGGGACAACAAAUCACUAAGUUGGCUUCUGAGAUCGAAGAACUCAGAAGUAGAAUCGAAAAGCUGUCAUCCCAAAACGAACUGUUAUUAAACCAACAAUUCAACAAGAGCAGCACAACUGACCAAUCAAGUAAUUUAACAACAAAACCGCCUAACGAAAAUUUAAUAGAACCUCGAAAGCCAUAAUAAAUUAGUUAUUUUUUAUUUCUAAUAAAAGUAAUCAUUUAGAAUUUUGGAAAUAACUUAUUACUUGCUAGUCAUUUAAUACUAUUUUAUAUUUAAUAUUUUAAUAAAAAGAGAAGUAUUUUAAAAUUAUUGUACAUGACAAGAGAUUUCCUUUAACAAACUCUUUAAAAUCAAACAUUUAAUUUAUUAAUGAACAAUUUAAAUUAAUGUAUAUCAGCUGAAAAUAUAAUUAGUAGCAAAUAUUGACAAUAAUAAUGUACAAAUUAGCAAAAGAAAAAAUUUAAAUAACUAUGAAAUUUCUAUAAAAACUUAUCGAGAAAUAUUCAGUAGCCUCUGCAAAGUAGUACAAGCAAUUUUUAUGUCUACAAUUACAUGUAUUCGAGUAAGUAGUCUCAUGUUAUGCUGUUUAAAAACUGUUAUUAAGGCUUUAAUUUACGAUGAUACUAUUUUGUAACAAUUUCACAACAACCUAUAAAGCUAUUAAAUCCAUCAAGGAAUAGAAAAAGUUUAAGCUAUGAAUACUAGAGAAUUAUAGUUUUUUAUAAAAGAUACAAGCAAUAACGAAUAAUUUUAAAUUGAACUGAAAUAUUACGUUACUAGCAACUUAUUGCCAUUGCCUUUCCUACCAAAAUGUGCCAUAAAUUUCUCAUAACACCUAAUUUUUAGGCUUAUCAGGAUUUAAUCUUUUAUCGCUAAUAGUGAUGUAUAUAUUUCUAUGUAGCACUACACAUCUUGAGUAAUGAUAAUUACUAGAUUUAGAAUGAUUAAUAUAAAGUGUGUAUUUAUGAUAUUUAAUUAUAAUAAAAAAUAA